UUGUGUGUACGGUAAAGUUGUGUUGCGCUGUGUAUUGCGUUUUCAUUUUACGUAUGUCGCGUCUGUAAAAUGGCGGAUAACGAUAUAGAUUUAUAUGCGGAUGAUAUAGAUCAAGACUUUGCACAAGACGAUUUUGGCGGAGAUAAUGUUGAUUUAUAUGAUGAUGUUAUUGCGGCACCAGCAGCUUCCAACAAUGCAGAACCUGCUGAAUCAAAUCAACCUGCGUCUACUGGAACUGAAGAAGCGAACACAAAUAAUUUCUCGGCUCAAAUUACAAUAGUAAAUAAUAUCAGUUCUUCUGGUAGAAGGCACCAACUUUAUGUAGGCAAUUUGACAUGGUGGACUACCGAUCAAGAUAUUGCAAAUGCAGUUCACGAUAUUGGUGUGAAUGAUUUUCACGAGGUAAAAUUCUUUGAGCAUCGUGCCAAUGGUCAGUCAAAAGGCUUUUGUGUUAUCUCCUUGGGCUCGGAAGCCAGCAUGAGGCUAUGCUUAGAAUUACUGCCGAAAAAGGAAAUAAAUGGCCAGAGUCCCGUUGUCACCCCUCCAACCAAACAGGCUCUCAGUAACUUUGAAAGUCAGUCUAAAACCCGUCCUUCUCCUACAAAUAAUUCCAAUUCUCGACCCCAACAUCCUAGCCAUCCUAAUAAUAAUGUUCACUCAGGUCCUAUGCAGAAUUAUGCUGGUCGGAUGCCCAUGAAUCAACCUAUGAGACCCAUGCCUCCUGGUAUGCAGGGUGGCCCGAGAAUGCAAGGACCUCCAGGUUUUAACGCUCCUCCCAAUAUGAAUCAACAGCCCCCUCGGUUCCAAGGAAACCCUCAGUGGAACGGUCCGAGACCAAAUGGCCCCGGACCAAAUAUGGCUAUGCGGCCGGGUGGACCUCCGCCAGGACCUCAGGGACCGCCGAGACCACCAAUGCAAUUCCAAGGCCCUCCACAAAACCAGGGCCCCCCAAGGGGCAUGCCAACUCAGGGCCCUCCACCUGGCGCCAUGAGGCCUGACUGGAACAGGCCCCCAAUGCAGCAAGGGUUCCCUCAGGGACCUCCUCAUAUGCAAGGACCAAAUAUGGGCCCUAGAGGACCUCCACCUAUGGGUCCGCCAGGUGGUCCGCCACAAGGUCCUCCGCAAGGACCAGCGCCUCAUGUUAAUCCGGCAUUCUUUCAGCAAGGGGGAGGUCCUCCACCACCGAUGCAGCACAUGCAAGGGCCAGGGCCUGGUAUUUAUGUUAUGCCGCCUCAGGGUCCUCCGCAAGGUCCCCCACAUGGACCGCCGCAUGGACCUCCGCACGGCCCUCCCAUGGGCCCCGCCGCUGUCCCUCCUCAUGGUCCUCCCCACGGAUACGGCCCUCCAAGCAACAUGCCGCCCGCUCCGUACGGAGGUCCCCCGCCAGAUCACAGACCCGACAUGCCUCCUUUGAGCGAACAGGAAUUCGAAGACAUAAUGUCGAGGAACAGAACCGUUUCCUCCUCUGCCAUCGGCAGAGCGGUUUCGGAUGCCGCUGCGGGAGAGUACGCUAGCGCCAUAGAAACGCUCGUCACUGCUAUCUCUCUGAUUAAACAGUCGAAAGUCGCAAACGACGACCGUUGCAAGAUCCUGAUCAGCUCAUUACAGGACACCCUCAGAGGCGUCGAGGAUAAGAGCUACAGCUCGGGCAGGAGAGACAGGUCCAGGUCGAGAGAUAGAUCACACAGGAGAGCCAGACGGGAAAGGUCGUCCUCCCGAUACCGCGAUAGGAGCAGGGAUAGAGAGCGCGAACGUGAUAGGGAUAGGGAUCGCGAUCGCGAUAGAUACUACGCGGAUAGUUACAGGGAACGCGACAGGGAGAGGGAUAGGUCUAGAAGCAGAGGAGAACGGGCGGAGCGAGAACGUGAACGGGACUACAGGGAGAGAGAGCCGGAGGACACGUCACGUGUAUCAAGAUCAAGAAACAAAUCUCCUGCUGAUCCAGUGGACGCCGCUGGAGAUGUACCCCCGAAGUCGCGUUACUAUGAAGACAGAUAUCGCGAACGCGAACGUGAGUCUGGACGACGAGAGAGCGACCGUGACAGAGAACGGGACCGAAGAGGAGAGGACAGCCACCGCUCCCGACACUAAUUAGCAUCUUUGUGUAUUGUAAAACUAGUACAUUUAACGUGUGCUAAUAGAUAAGUUCAAUAUAUAAUGUAUGGAUAUCUA